CCAUCCAUCCAUCCAUCCAUUAAUCCUUACCUGUAAAUUGUCUUCUGAAGAACACACUAAAACUAUUCAUUAAACUGCCUAAACACUUUUUGUUCACUUAGGAGCUGUCUACCUGAAAUUAUAUAGGCUAUGUUAUGUAAACUUCCCAUAAAUAUUUUCCUCAUUUACAAAGUGAGUACCACUCGGAUAUGCCCAAUAAUGAUUGCAUUGAUUGUCCUUGUGCUUUAUCUAGGUCAGAGCUGACACACAUUUCCCGUAUCGGCCAGUUGCCUCUACCAUCUGACUCAUCAAGCAAUGCUAUCACGCUGCCUAAGCUUUUACAGUGGAUACUGGAUAGUAAAUGAAAUAAAUCUUUGGUUGAUUGAAGAAUAAUGGCCAACCAGAAGGCGGUGUAAUACCUCAGUCCGAGAAUGCUUAGUCGAACCGAACACAGAGGCGUAUGCAGUCUGCUGUCAUCAGUGAUGUCCGGAACAGAGGCACAUGCAGACAGACAGGAGGACUAUCGGUUCCUCCACAGCAUGUUGAUGGAGAAGAAACUACAUCUUCUCUUCAAGAUCCACGAGCGUCUGAAACGCUUCGAGAAGCGUGGUCCUAUCCCAGCCCGUGACCAGGCCUCCACGCUGGUGCCCAACCUUGUAGAUGAGUUGUCAAAUUACUCCACAGUCCAGGGGGAGGAGCUGCUGUCCCUUCUCUGUGAGCCUCACUUCAAGAGCCUCCUGUGGGUGCACGAUGCUGUGGCCCAGCAUCAGUUUGAACCCCAACUGCCACCGCUACCCGAGAACAUUCUGGAAGAGAGCGACGACUCGGUCAAGAUCGUCAGUCUGGUGAAGAGUGCAGAGCCACUGGGAGCCACCAUCAGGCGGGACUGCUCCACCGGGGCCAUCCUCGUGGCCAGGAUCCUGAAGGGCGGCGCGGCGGACAAGAGCGGGCUAAUCCACCAAGGAGACGAGCUGAGAGAGGUGAACGGAGUCUCGCUGGAUCACAAGACGCCACAGGAGAUCCUCCCUCUCCUUGCGAGUUCUCAGCGGGAGGUAAAACUCAAAGUGAUUCCUGCUGACGUCCACACCGAGCAGGCGGCCAAUAGGAAGCAUGAGUUGUUUGUGAGGGCUCUGCUGGACUACGACCCAGAGAAGGACCCGUGCGUCCCGUGUAGAGAGGUGGCGCUGACCUUCAGGAGGGGCGACGUCCUGCAGGUGCUCAGCAAGGAGGACGACACCUGGUGGCAGGCCCGUCACCACGGAGACCACGACUCCUGGGCGGGGCUUAUUCCCUCAGAACAGCUCCACCAAAGGCCAGUUCACAAAUUGCUUUUCCCCUUGUUUUUUGAUUGGUUUAAAACUUCAGACCAUUGGGAAGAUGAGAGAAGCCAAUGCUUCACGUUCACCCACGGAGUACCGCUGCUCAGUGGGUGUCAGGGCCCGAGAUGCGAAGGCGAUUGGCCUCUCCGUGCCGUCAUGAAGCUGCGACAGGACAGCUCCAACUGCAGCAGUGGAGGCGUCGCAGGUGAUGAAGGUUGGGCUCGAGAGGCUGAAAUGGGCGAGGACAGGAGGUUUGAGAUCCAAGGUGCUGCAUUUAUUGGCUCGAUGAUGCCCUCUUCUAGCAGGGAGGUGAGCUCUGCAGUGACGCCCUCCCGGAAGUGUGUUGUUUCUCCUCUCCAGGAGGCUGGCGUUGUGUAUCUGAUGUGUUGGUGCUCCUCUCCAGGAGCCUGGUGUUGCGUAUCUGAUGUGUUGGUUCUCCUCUCCAGGAGGCUGGCGUUGCAGCAGCCCCAGGCCCUGUUCCCGUCCGGGUGCCUCCAGCCUCCAGAAGACGACGAAGUUGAAGAGGAUGUGGACUAUGGGGCGAUAUCAGGAGUCCGUGUUGCUGGUCAGAGGAGGAGCUUCAGGCUGGGCCGGAGGGGCGGUCACGGGACGGACCCCAGGAGGAGGAGGGCCGCUGGGCUGGAGGGCCUCACCCGGGCCCCCGCCUACCUGGAGGUGGUCCCCUUCCGCAGGGGCCCCAAAGACCGGCCGCGCCUGGUCCUACUAGUGGGGUCCCCGGGGGUCGGUGUGAGCGAGCUCCAGCGAAGGCUGCUGGUUUCUGACCCCGAGCAGUACGGUGUCACCGUACCAUAUACAUCACGAAUGACAAGAAUAAAAGAACAAAAUGGAGUGGACUACUACUUUGUCUCACAGCGCCAGUUUGAAGAAGACAUCCUGAACCAUAGGUUCAUAGAGUAUGGGAUGUACCGGGGCCAUUAUUAUGGGACCAGUCUGGACUCUGUGGCUGAAGUGAUGGCCGAGGGGAAGAUGUGCCUGGUCAAUCUACACCCGGCUGCCAUAAAGAGUGUGUACACGUCCGAGUUCCGACCGUACGUGGUGUUUGUGAGGCCGCCGCGGCUGGAGGAGCUGCGCUUCACCCGGAGGAGAGCCAAGUUUAUCUGCCCACCCGAGGAGGGCUCAGGGCAGGCCAGAACCUUCUCAGAAGAAGACUUUGAGGACAUGAUCGUCUCGGCCGAAGACAUGGAAACCGAACAUAGUCACAUGUUCGACAAGGUGGUUGUCAACGGCGACCUGACCACGGCGUUCAGAGAGCUGCGGGCGGCCCUGGAGCAGGCGUCGGGGCCGAACCUCCAGUGGCUCCCUGCGGAGUGGGGCCCUGCGGAGUGGGUCCAGGGCCCGCCCGCUGAAGCCAGGGGGUCACAGGACCACGUGGCAGGCUGGAGGUAGAGCUCUGGGCUCUGCCUGGCUGGCAUAAUGCAGGGGUACAAAUGCAACAGCUCCCUUGGCAGCGCAGUAAUGUGGGGAAAUGUGUCCUUAGUCUAGUAGGCUGCUUACUGAGGCUUUACCCUAAACAGGAGCAGAAAUUGUGCUUACCGUUGUGCUUACGGUAAUGUUGAGACAUGUGUGCAUAUUAGAACUUUAAAUAUAAACAAAAUAUUUAGUUCUAUAAUAGUUUCCCUUGUUUGCUGUGUGCAUUCAGGGCAGAGGUCCUUUCUAUGCAUACUAUGUGCUUAAUGACCCAAACAGAAACUCUCCCUCCCUCCCUCACAUCUGUCUGAGAGUCACAUUUUUAGCAUUAUUUGUCUGGAACGUUGUCGGCACCAAGGGACUGGGGAUUAAAAAAAGUAGUAGAAAAUCAUACAAUGUAAAAAAAUAAAAAGGGGGAAAAAAGGAAAAAGGAAAAGCCCCAGUCACUGGUGUCCACAGACAGCCGUCUCCUGCCAAGUUAAAACAUCAGCAUGUAAUUAUUCUGACAGUUGCUGCACUUCAAUUAACUGUAAUGCACACCAGAGAAACAUUAUUAGUGCCUGGCAGCCAGAAAGAGUCGACUAACAGUGAAUUAGUCGACUCUUGUGCAAAAACAUAACGGCAGGAGCGACAUUAUCAAAUACAUCAUCAGAACCAGAUCUAUUAUUAAAGACUAGCAUUAUAACAAUAUGGUUGUUGGAGUAUUGUAGUGUACCAUUAGCCUGAUUGUCGUACUUCCAAUUUUUCAGAUAAAUCGGAUUAAUUAAAUAAUUUUUGUGUGAAUUAUUUCUUCAGUUUAAUAGAAUGAACAGAUGUGUGCACUAGUGUGUGUAUUGGUGUGCAUGUAGGCUGAAACAUAUAUGUGAAAGGGGUUAUGUUACACACAUGGUAUACAUAUGUGUCACAACAUCUUCAUCAUCAACAAUGUAAACCUCUAAAUUCAAUUAAAUGUGUUGAUAAGCGCAAGCUUCACAUCCUCAUUAGGAACACGUUGAGAGUCACUAGCUCCAAUCAUUAGCUCCAUAAUCGAAGUAUGAAUCUGUCACUCACUCACUCAUAUGACUGACUAAUGAGUCUAUUGAGCUGGGUUGACACUCCUGUAUCAUGCCACUGUUU